CGUUCCGGACGGAACCACUGCGGUCAGUUGCCGUCGAACGUUUGUAGAGUAAACAUGUCGAAAAGCCACGGCUUCCGUCUCGGGGUUUCGACAGCAGGCUAGAAAACUUCCAGCUGUGCGUUUGUGAGUGUUGUCAGAACUUUGUACUUUUUCUCACCGGAAAGCUGACAGGACAGGAGAGUGAAACAAAGACAUCCCACAAGCUGAGGUACAACAAGUGGCGGUGCGCGUUUGUUUUGUUUUUUUUUUCUUUCUGCGUGCUGAUUCUCCUGCAAGCUUCGAGUUCUCAUGGGCUUCCUGUUUUACCUGUAAAAAGCCUCCUCGCUUGACUGUCGGUUGGCGGUGGGUCAUGGGUUGGCGAUUUAUCGGUAGGCUUGUGUUUCCGCCUGAGGCCAGCAGGCUUCUGCUGGCUCUGCUGUUGGUGGCCUAGUUUUGUUUCGAUCAGCAGGUAGUGAAGGCUGCCAUAAUCGGGGCUUUGCUGAAGCGCGAACGAAAGACGCUAGACAGCGAUACACAGUUGCUAUUUUUGGGGUCGACCGGCUGAGGAAAGUGGCACGAAAAGCGAAUCCGUUAAUUGAGCGUCACCGGAAGCGGUGGUGGCCUUCCGUUGGACCGGCCACAAGGAUCGUCGUCAGCUGUGGCGCUUCUAGUUCAUAUUCCCGUGAGCAUGUACUGGCGUGCAUUCGUGCGUGAUUGGAGUGCUGUCAAAGAAGGAAAGAAAAAGAAAUAAAGUGUUGUUUUUGUCGCACGGUGUGCAUCGUCCCAACAAAAAAAAAAAACCUUCAUCAAAUUAAGUGCGAGUGAAGUACACUUCUGGAAGCGAAGCGAAAAUAUAAUGAUGAUAGAUUUGAUAAUUUCAAGUAAAUGAUCAAUACUGGAUACGCUGACCGAGGGGAAGGCUGUCGUGAUAGAGCAGUUUAGUGCGGUGUCGAGUGCGCCUAUAAGUACCGGAAAUUGUAAACAUUGCACAAUGUGAUAUUUACCCGGUCGAACAGGAGUGGACCGAGUCCGCGCGUUAUUAAUUCAUACUGGACAAACAACCCAAACUGUGCUAAAAUAAAAAAUCGUGCCGAACGCGUGGUGGAUGUUCUAACAGUUAUUUUUGCUGCUGUGCCGAAGGAUCCGGCGGCCAUUGACUGUCACACUAACCAGGUGAAGUUUUCCCUGUGGUGUGCUUUCGGCGAGCUGGAUUCCAUUGUUCGCGUUGUAACGGCGUUUGUUUGUGCAUAGGGCGCGCACCACCGGAAGUCGGGGCGAAUUAUGACCACGGGAUCAAAUAACGGGGGAAAAAUGUAGUGCUCUAACGGAACAAAAAAAAAAAAAAGAAGAAAGAUAAAGUUUUAAAUGAAAACGCUUGUCGCACCGGGAUGCGGCACUGAAACGAGUUGGGCUGGAUAUUAUUAAAUAUUUUAUCUUUAUUGAGAUUCUUCCGAGCGGUUCCGGAUUCGUCGCGCGCGCGGGCCCUAGAUAGUGUGCAGUGCUAAUAGUGGUGGUGAAACAUUGGCUCUAGUUUGUAGCGCCGAGUGAGUGAACAGAGAAGGUCACCACCGGUGCCCUUGCGUCACCCUGGAGAAACAGCGGAAAAUCCGACAGAAACAGGCGAAGAUCAAGAUAACAACAGAGUGCGGGAGGUUUUCGGGAAAAAGCUUCGCUUCUAUAGAUUAUAAAAAGGCUGGCUGACCUGUUCUUCGAGAGGUGCUGCAUUGUUAGUGAGGGAAUUGCGCAGAACAGUGAGGUAUGGUGAAGUGUCGAAUUGGAUUCGUGUGCUAGAAUGCUCAAAAAAGUGGCGAUGCUGCUGUAGUUGAGUGUUUCCCGGAAAUCAAGAAACGAUAGCAGGCGAAAUAAACCUACAUUAGCUGCCAUCGAAGGAUUACACGUGGCAAGAUCCUCACACUCUGGUCAAUAAGACUUAAUUCGUGUUUACUGGUCUUCCACCUGGGUGCUGGUUGGUGCUGAAUGAGAACCAAGCGUCUCCACCGUUACCGAGGUGUUUUUUAUUCGCUUACUGCGGCGGAAAAAGUCUGUUCAGCGAUAAAGUUUGAUUGGCUCUCGGGGCAGCAGGACCUGUUCGAAUGUACCACAAAGCAUCAGGAGGAGGCCACCACCAACAGUGCGGAGUAGAUGUCAAGUUAUUGGCCGACAUUGGAUACAUUGCUGAUCGUCUCCGUAAUCUCGAGUACCGCUGGGAGCUGGCCGAGUUGAAGGACCUGCACAAACGGAUCGUGCUAAGCAUCGAUGAUCCUCCAGUGAAUGUGGUACAUGCAAUCCGCAACGGGCAGCUACGAUCGGUGCAAUCGGAACUUCACGGGCACUCCCAGCUGCAGCAGGAAGUUGAGCACGCGGCGGAAGCGGCACAGAAACUGGAAGCUGCCAAAAGGCUUCGGCGGCUCGAAGCUCAACAGCAGCCAGCGGCUCAUGUAUGCGACGGUGACGAUGAAACGCGCGCCAAACUAGUGCAAUUAGAGGACUUUCUCAUCUCAUUCUACCGUAGUUACGCCCAGGUACAGCGAACCAGCCAGAAGUGUAAAAAAUCACGCAAACGAACCGGCAGUGGGGGAACGAUCGAGACAAGGACGUUUCCCUGUCUGCCUCCAGCGUCAUCCCAGUCAUUAUCGUCACCGAGUCUAAACGGGGCCACUAGUCCUCCUAGCAACAAGUGUGAUAGUCAGUGUGCCACAAAAUCCACCGCCGCCGCCACCACCACCACCACCACCACCACCGAAAAACCAAAGUUACAGGAACAAUCAUUCACUACAUCGCAGGUCGAUCGUACUAUGAACCAGGAUCACGAGACCGGAGAUCCUCACGUAGAAAUUGAACAGCAGCAGCAGCAACUAGAACAAGCCAAACCACCAGCAACAACUGCAGGAACAGUGACCAUCGAGUGCCAACAACAACAGCAGCAACUACUGGAAAGCACCGACAAUCAAAGUGAUGCCAAACAGCAGGAGGAAGAAGCUCAAGCUGGAACUAGCACUAUUAGCAUCAACGUUAGCAGCGCUCCGACGACUCCGCAAAAAAGUGUACCCAACAUCGCAACGGCCGCAGACACAGAGGACUCGAUCGCCAAAGACGAAGACGAGGACGACACGACGACCGCCACCACGGGGACGACGGUUACGACGAUGACGAUCAGCAGUCAGCAAACCGUGGUUAAUGUGAGUGCGGACGGUUUGGAGCAAAAACGGCCCUCCCUGGAACUGGGUGGAUCUUCGCUGUCGUCCACCACAAGUGCACGAGGUUUCUGCGGUCCAGCCGAUAAUGCCGAUAGCACCGAUCCGGAUGAAGAAGAGGAGGAGGAUGAGGAUGAGGGUGGAGAAGGAAACGAAGAAGUUGGUGGGUGCGAUGUCGAGCGUAAGAAGUUGCGCAAACGAAUCUCGGAGCUGGCGAACAAUUUCGCCAGUGCCAAGCAGUGGAAGCAAACGUGCGACAAUAUCGAUGCCAUCAACGACUCCGAACUGCGGGCCCUGAUCCGGGAGUUGAAACGGAAGAUCGAGUUUGCCGAACGGAUGAAUUGGCUGUGUCUAUCGAGUCGACCCCGCGGUCCGCCCCACCGAAAAACCAGCCUGCCGAAGCACACGGACGUGAAGAAGCGCUUCCUGGAGAUCGCCGAUACGACCCUGUCGGACGAGGUGAAGGCCGCCCUCCGGCUGCCGGCGUUCGAUUCCUACGAGUGGGAGGACUGGGAUGUGAUCCACCUGAUGCAGACCAUGUUUGUCGAGCUGAACCUGCUGGAGAAGUUUCAGAUUCCGCGGGAAACGUUGCGUGAGUGGCUGUACGAGGUGUACAAGCACUAUAACGACGUUCCGUUUCAUAACUAUCGGCACUGCUUUUGCGUGGCACAAAUGAUGUACGCCAUCACUUGGCACACGAAUCUGGUGCAGAGGUUGGGCGAGUUGGAGGUGCUGAUUCUGCUGGUUUCCUGCAUCUGUCAUGAUUUGGAUCAUCCCGGGUACAAUAACAUCUACCAAAUUAACGCACGAACCGAGCUGGCACUAAGAUACAAUGACAUAUCUCCUCUGGAGAAUCAUCACUGUUCGAUUGCGUUUCGGCUGCUGGAGCAUCCCGAUUGUAACAUUUUCCGCAACAUGAACAAGGACUUGUACAAGGACGUCCGUGAGGGUAUUAUUCGAUGCAUUCUGGCUACGGAUAUGGCCAGACAUAACGAGAUCCUGACGCAGUUCCAAGAGGCUACUCCAAACUUUGACUAUAACAAUAAGGUUCACACUAAUCUGCUGUGUAUGGUGCUUAUCAAGGUGGCGGACAUUUCGAACGAGGCUCGACCGAUGGACGUGGCUGAGCCUUGGUUGGACAGGCUGCUGCAGGAGUUUUUCGCUCAAAGUGCUGCCGAAAAGUCGGAGGGUCUACCGGUGACUCCUUUCAUGGACCCGGAUAAGGUCAGUAAACCGGGCAGCCAGGUUCGGUUUAUUGGUUUGGUGCUGUUGCCCCUGUUCGAGGCACUGGGCGAGUUGCUACCGGAAUUGACCGAUUUGAUUAUCACUCCCGUUCGGGUGGCGCUGGACUAUUACAAGAAAUUAAACGACGCUGCCAGUCGAACGCGGCGCUCGAUUGCCGAGGCGGAGCAACUAUCGGAGAACAGCACGGGCACGACGGGAACCGGUACGGCCGGUACGGGGGGAAGCAGUGUGGGCGGUGGCACCGGAACCGGAUCCGCCAGUUCGCCGCAGUUGCCGCGCUCGCAGAGUGGAAUUAGCAUGAAAUCGAGACGUAGUAUUCCCUCGCAUAAGUCGACCUCUAGAGCAUCUAUUGACGAGACUAUCUUAAUUACAGCCGAGCUACACGACCUUCCCGAGGGCAGUGAGAGCGGUGACUCGGAGACGGCCACCGAAGUGGAUGUUGCGGAGAAAACGUCCAAGUUCAAGGUGGACACCGAAAGCAGCAACCGGAAGCAGUCGCACCCGAACUCGCGUAAGGGGAGCCGCGAGAAGCGCCCGUCGAUGAUCGGCGAGUACUACACGACAGGUACGCGCAUUCGUGGCUCCCACGGCAACAUUCAGCAUACUAAUCGAACGUAUUUUGGUUCAAAUCGCGCCAUUAGCUUAGACCAGUACAGUAACAGCCGCCGGAUGUCCGACGGCAUCCAGAUACAGACGGUCGCGUCCGAUAACAGUGUGUAUUACCACCAGCGGCAGCACCGCAGUCUGGAGCACGAUUCCACCGUCGGAAUGUAUUCGUCGUCGGACAAGAGCACCAGCCUGAACAGUACCAAUGAACAGCAACAGCAGCCAGUGCUGACGCAGCCGCAGCAGCAGCAGCAUUCGGUGGGACUGGGACCGUUCCAAUCUAGUCAUCAUGCGCACUUUCAUCAUCAUCAUCAUCACUAUCAGCAGGCGGCGGCUGCGCUGCACCAGCUGAGAACCGUUCAGGACUGUGAGAAUAUGAAUAUUAGUGUGCCAACGGCGGGCAAACUGUACGCUAAUUUGAAUAAUAAUAACAAUAACAAUAGUCAGAAUAAUAAGAAUGUUGGCAAGAAGAUGAAUUGGAGCCAGCAGCAGAAGCUGGAGAAAAUUCGGAAUGCCAGCAACAACAAUAACAACGGAGCUGAAGCAGGUAGGGAUGGAACGACGGGCGGAUCGUCCGGAAAGGGUGGCAAUGGAAGCGUUAACGGAACCAAUGCGUCGAAAUCAAUCAUAUCAAGACUGAAACAGCUAACGGGUCGGUUGAGCUUUAGUUUCGAUUCUAGGGAAUCGAAGAAACUGCAGCUGCUGGCGGCCAGCAGCGGUGAGGAAGCCAAUGAAUCUCAGUCCGACGGAUCGGGCAAAACGGUUUUCGCACAGAGAAAGAACCGGAUGCUGGAGAAAUCGAAGGCCGUGGAUGUGGGUGUAGUUGGAGGUGGAUCUAUUGCAAUCUGUGACGGUGGAAGUGGUGAGGCCGGGGUUGCGGAGUGCUGCUAUUCCGGCGGAGUGAUACUGAACCAACCAAAGUCGAUUUCGCCGAUUCUGAUGCAGCAUCGGAACAGCGAGGUCAUCAGUACGAUUAAUACGGCACGGAAUAGGGCUUACAGUUUGGAUGUGCCGAUUUCUAGGAACUGCUGUCGCAGUUUGAGUGGCAGCACUGCUGGCGGGGGCGGUUCGAGCUGUGGUGGAAGCCACAAGAGUUUAACUUUCUCGCUAAACAAAUCGCUCAACGAGGAAGCGAACGAUACGACUAUCAGUUCCGGAGGCGGAGUUCGUCCCCCGCCGCUCGAUGACACCACUAAAAGUGCGGCCAGUAUCAGCGAAACCAUUUGACAACACCCGUACGAGCCGUCACUGCAGGGCAUCCUGCUGGCGUCGAGUUCGCUACAGACGGAUUCACCGACGCCACCGACUUCGAAUCAGUCCAAUCAGUUGCUUCCCGCGAGCAGCAGCUCGGGGGGCAGUAAUCAACAUCAUCGGCAGCGACGGCAGUCGUCUCAGGAAGAUUCGGGUUGUGUUGGAGGAGCUGGAGGUGGAGCUGGAUCAGGUUCUACCGGUCAUCAGCGGGCGCCGUAUGCUGAGUCCGAAUCGAUCUCCUCCAAGCACACCUCGGUCCUGGCCAGCUACUGGACCUGUCUGACCGAACGGAUGAGCUCCUUAAUCUGCAAGUGCUGCGAGCGGACGCUUCCACCGCCGGCUGAAUCCGUUUGAGAGUGGCCGGGUUAGCAGGUAGGGUACGCUAGUGAAGGUUAGCUAGCGUUGGGGUUUUAUUAUUGAUCUGCAGUGUAAUUUAAAGAAAACAUUGAGCUUUAUUGUUAACACACGGCGAUUUAGUGUUACAACAACACAGUGCACUCGAGUUUACUAAAAUUGACUAACAAAUCAGUUUGGUGCUGUACUACGGGCGUCCUUGGUUAGUUAUUCAGACGAACUUUGUGCCAACUCGGCUGUGGGAGGUGUUGCACAUCCCAUAAAGGAGUUGUCGCGAGAUUCGGCUGCAACCAUUCCUCAUCUGAUUUUGUUUUAUUUUCCUAACCUUUUCACCUGAAAUUUGCUUCCGUCUGAUGAGUGUUGCUCGGCUGGAAUACCGAUCCUUCAAAUAUUUAGUAAUAAUUUUUAACUAAACUCGCUAGCAGACGAGACGAGAAGACACGAUAGAUAACCUUAAACAUAAAAUCGCGAUAUUACUGACUGAUCUGUAGUGGAAGACCCGCGAAAUAGUGACAUAAACUAGAUUGAAUAUUGAAACGUUGGGACUUAAAAAACAAGUUGCCAUAUAUAAUACUCACUCCCCUCUUCCCUCUGGUAGAGAUCAAACGCACUGCAAAUUCACUAUAUAGGAACAAACAAACAAACAUCCAGCACAGUUUAAAAGGUUCGUAUGAAGCCAAACAUAUCACUUUCUAUCGACAUCAGUGACACCCACGAAUUACGGAGCCACGAACCACGGAUCGAAAUCAUCAGUAGGAAACGAAAAUCCGAAUUUACCUAGAAGCCCACAAGUGCUCUCAUGUGACGAUGUUCUAUUUUGCUGUUUUGUGCCCUGAAAAUUCGAAGCGCUUUCCCAGUGCUUCAAUCUGUUGAUUUCCCGCACAAUAGAGCUCGCGAAGCUCGUUGGAAUAUUUCCUCUCCACGAUUGUAGUUUAAUUUUGAAUUCCAACAAGCUAGAGAGGAGAGAACAGACGAGAAUACAACUUCCGGUGAAGGUUUCCUAAUGAUUUGCUUUCCACUUUAUUGUAAACAAAUCCUAACGCACCGAAUAACAAUUAUAGCUAAAUUGACUCCAAUCCACAGAAAAUUCCGAUAUUAAUCUGUCGACCUCUAUAAUCCAGUGCAAUUAGCAGUAGCUGGGGUCAGAUGGAAAUAUUUUAAAACUAUCGACUAUAGAUAUGAUUACAAUUCAUGUUGCAGGCGACAUUAUACAUAAACUGUCUAUACUUAAAUAGCAAGCAGUACUAGCGAAAUCGGGGGACAGCCACCGACAGAACCCUAGAACAUCAACGUAAGUCGGGUCGAAACAGUUUCCCUCUCUCUUUCAGUGUCAAUAUCUUAAAUAAACAAAAUAAAAACAAUUAGUUGUAAGCGACUUAGUGUUAAACCACCUACAGAACAUACAUUAUAUAGAUCAAUCCUAGAUGUUAGCGAAAUAAAUCCGCCACUCUCUGGAAGUAAACUAUAAGUAUAAGUGCAAUUCGUUAUGACAAUUCUUGAAAAGACUAAUCAACAGCUGGCGCCACACAACCGGCACUGUAAACCCGAAACGUAUUUUCCCCUAACUCCUAUCUACAAAAAAAUAAAAACUACCCACCACCGAACAAAAAAAUAUUAUCACUCUAAAAAAACUAAGUUGCGAAUCGAUGAGGACCAAACUCGCGUGCUCUACUAUUUGACACCAGUGUUGCCAGCCAGCGAAAACCAAAAAAUAAUUAAAACAACACAAACAAAUCAUGUCAGAUUAUUAGGUAUUUACCGUUCUGCUUUGUAUAUAGUACGAGAAAAAAAAAUAAAUAUAGAGAAAUUAACGAAAUGAUAUUUAGAACUUUACCGACUGCAGUCUUCUGAAGAAAAAAAAAAGAAGAAAACAAACAACUAAAAAACUAAGUGUCAUGUAGUACGUUUUACUUAUCACACCGCUCUGCUAGAAUCUGUACGAACCGAGAAGGCACUACCGUAUUUCAAAUCAAAAACAAGCUAAACUGAAUAAAACAAAAAAAAAUCGAAUCGUUUUUGGUGUUAGAAUUGUCUCCACCCUCUCACCACUCUAAACCGUGGUAAGAGAGGGUUGGUGUGGCAUGGCUUGUGGGAAACGUGCGAAAGAAGCAAGAAGGCAAAAAAAAACAACAAUGUGUCAUACUAUACAUGUGAUUUACGUGGAACUAAGAGAACACAAACUCUAAAGAAAAAUAAACAAGUUAAAAGUUUAGACUAUUCGGAUUCAAUGGAAAAAACAAAUUUGUUAUCGGAAAUUGAGACACCCAAAACAGGAGUUAAAAGUAGAAGAAAAAGAAGAGGAAUCGGAUCUGAUUUGCUGAUAAGAGGGUUCAACGUAGAAAUAUCAUUAAGCGUUAUGUUAAAGGCGAGCUGAAAAUAAGAUGGAUACUAAAGAGUAGAAAAUUUACACAAAAAAAAAAAACAAUUAGAAGUACAUCGUCGUCUUUUACGUAAUCGCGCGGUGGCUGCGGGCGACUGUUUAGAAUCAAACGAUAAUAAUUUAUUAGCGAUGGAACAGGGUUGAUGUUAUGACCAGAAGCGGACUGUUGGGUGUAGCUCUGACUAGAUGGAAGACAAAAAUUAAGGAGAAAAUAAAGUAAAAAAAUAAAGAGCUGUAAGUGAAAA